AUGUCUCGUGUUAAAGCACCAACACGGAAGAAUACGAUUGCAGCUGCUGGGUGCAAGGCAAGGAUAUAUGUCAAGUUUGAUAAAGACAUGCAAGACUGGGUUUUGUUCAAGGUUGAAUUGACGCACUCACACUCUUGUUCAGCGAGAAAGACAGUGCACUACCAUGAGUAUAGGCAGCUGACUAUGCAUGCGAAGUGCGUGAUCGAGGAUAAUGAUGAGGCUGGGAUUCGACCAAAUAUGACAUUCCUUGCUUUGGCAAAUGAGGCUGGAGGCCCCUCUAACUUGGGAUUCUCAGAGAAGGAUUUAAGAAACUAUAUAACGGCAAGGUUUCGAACUAGCAACGUGAAUGCGGAUGUCAGGAAGAUGAGGAGCUACUUCAUGAGAAUGAAGGACAUCAAUCCGAACUUUUUUUACGCGGUGAAGUUGGACGAGGAGUGUAAAUUUAAGAGUGCAGCAUGGGUGGAUGCAAGAUUUAGGGCGUCGUAUGAAUACUACGUAGACGUUGUGUCAGUUGAUAGCGCCUACAGUACAAACAGGUAUGAAUUAUUGUUUACGUCGUUCGUUGGGGUCAACCACCAUGGUAAGUCAACCAUCCUCGGUUGUGCUUUGCUGGGGAAUGAGGAAAUCCAAGUUAUGAGUGGGUUUUCAGCCAAUGGGUAA